UUUUUUUUUCAGUAUGUGACACAAAGCACUCUCUCUACGGAAAACAAACGCUAAAGCGACGGCCUAUUGCGAUAUUGAACAACUACAACUUCAACUAAAUUUACCUUUACAACUUUUUCACGAUUACACUACUGCCAUAAUAACUGGAAUUUCUGUACACAAACUUUUUGGUCCCCGACUUUACCCAACCUCCCAACAUAACCUGUGAAGACAUUCUCAUUAAAAAAAGCCCCACAUCACUUUGACCCACAGCACGACCCAAGAAAACACGCAUAGAAAUUAUUCCCUCACCUUAUCGAAAAAUAAAUGCCGCUCGACGGCGAUGAGUCGGACCACACCGCCCAGCCGGAGGAGCUGGACUUGCUCUACGAUGAGAAGGGCGAGCUCCAUCCCUGGCUGUUUGCGGAAACGGACACCAAUGGCAACACGGUUAUUUACCAAAAGUCCGCCCCGCCGGCCUCCUUCAAGCCGACCACGCGAGGGAUUCCCGGCGGGAUCAAGUCCAGCAAGAAGGGCGACCAAGCGCUGCAGAAAGAGCUCAAUGAGACUCGCGACCCCGGCGGUCGGGAGAAAAUUGUGCUCGGCGCGGAGAACCGGAUCGUCGCGAGUUCCGACCCGGUGGGCACCUCUGUUGCCCCCGAAGAACAAAGCAGGAAGAAGCCGGGCUGGAGCCGGAACACCGGGCCCCCGCCGUGGAAGCAGUAUCAAAUGCAAAAAUGUCUGGGUCUGGAAGAUUCUGAGACUUGUCAUGCAUGUUUUGCAUGACCCAGGAUGUCUGUAAUGCACGAACUAGCAUCACAGAUUUUUCGAGGGCUUUCUGAUGCCUACUCCGCAUGACAAACGCCCUCUCCGCGUAGCACGAACUAGACUCCUCUUGCUGGUCAUGCUAUACAGAUUUUUUUAGAGUCCAAAGUUAGCAUCACAAGUUCCAACCUUCCCGACCCAGACAUUUUUGCAUUUGAUAAGCAGACGGACGAGGCCAAGGUGAACAUGGACAACAUCGCUGCGCGCGGCGGACCCACGAAGAAGCAGGUGGAGGAGGCGCGGACGCGACGGUUGGAGCUGAAGUUCGGCGAACAGACCAGGCGUCUCCAGAAAUGGUGGCGGAACGUCGUCGCGCGCCGCGCGUUCAUGAACACGCGGUCGCAGAAGUUUAAGGACCGGCUCGCGCAGCAGGAAAAGCUGGAUGAGGAGAACGCGCGGCGGGAGGCGGAGCGGAAAGAGCAGGAGCGGAAGCGGGCGUUAGCUAUGGCGGACGAGGACGCGGUGUACAAAAAGCGCGUCCGUGCGGCCUCCAAGAUCCAGGCGAACUUCCGCGGGAAGAAGCAGCGCGCACAGGUGAAGAAGAAGAAAAUGGAACUGGAAGCGAUGCUCAAGUCCGGCCCCACGGUGCUGCAAAAUGCGUACGACAAGGUGGAUACCGUGCAGCUCGGGUGGCUGUUGCGGCCCACGGCGAAGUCCAUAAGGCAAAGAAGAGACCAGAUCCAGGAGUGGGUCAAGAAAACCCACGCGCACGCGAUGCGAUUAUCGAAAACGGAGGCGGAACUCGCGCGACAAAAGCAAUUGAGCGAAAAGCACCCCGCGCUGCUCACGGACAGCAUGCAGCCGGUCGGCCACAGCUCCGCCGCCGCGCCCUCCGGGACGGAACCCAAUAUGGCGUUCUCAAACGUUACAUUCUCAGCUGUUACAUGAUUUGUCAUGCAAAUUUACCACCAAGAUCGCCACGAUUUAGCUGCUUCGCAUGACAAAUAUCCGAAGGGCUAAACAGCAUCUAAAUCUGUGCCAAAUCUGUAAUGCAAGAGGCGCAAUCUUCCCCCUUUCACUUUCGCCGUUCUUACAUUACAAAUUUUUGUAACAGUUGAGAAUGUAAUACUUGAGAACGCCAUACCCAAGGUGCACGAGAUGGACCGCAGGCUGCGGCAGUUGGAGGCCCGGCUAUCGUAUUUAAAAACGUCCCCACCCUAUAGUUGUAAUGCAAAUCUGCAUGCUGAAAAUGUUUCUUAUGCGGAGCCCCAUGAGAAGCAUUUUUUAUUCGUGUUUUGGAAUUUGUCAUGCUCCAAUCAGGAUCAUAUACUAGAUCUGUGAUGCUGCUGAACUAGAACUACCUCAAACAGCAGUACACUACGAGUCCAAAUUUGUCAUGCAAAACAUUCAAAGCUCGUGGAUUUGUCUAGCCGACUCCCCAUCUUGACUAUGGGUGUGGGGACGUUUUUACAUAGGAUACCGGCCCCACGACAUUUUCAAGGCGAUCCAGCGUAUGGGACAGCUGGAGCACCGGGUGAAGGAAGACGCGGUGCGGGCCAUGGAGACCAUGAAGAGGCUGGAGCAAGAAAGCUCCGCGCCGGCCGAUGUGCUGAAGCGACGACUACAGCAGGUCGAGCAGGAACUGCAGGCGUCGGUGGACACCCUGGAAAUCGCGCGAAACAUGGACAAAAAGCGGCUGGACGCGCUGGAAAGUAUUGUUCUGGAGGCUCUGGAAGCGGCACGGACCAGUGCUGCGGCGGACGCCGAAAUCGAUGAAAUGGCGCGGGUCAACCGCCGGCACAUCGUAUUGAUACAACUUGAUGCAAGACAGCUUUUUAGGUCUGUAUCUAUUGGUGUUGCUGAUUUGGAUGUUCGUAGAAAUACGUAGUCGUUCAUUUCUUCCUGUCAGAAGCAAGUACGAGUUGCUGCAUCUUUUUUGCUAAGCGAGUGUAGAACCUGAAAUCACUGCUUGAAGAUACAGAUUUCAAUGUCCCAUUUUCCUAUCAGGUCGUCGAGGGCGGUAAGCAAUACGCCGCCAGCCGCAAGAAAGGUCUGCGACAGCCAGAACCCGUCACCCUCGAGACGGUCGCCAAGGCCCGUGAGGAAGCCGAAGCGUCCGAUCCCUUUUCGAAGCUCCGUGCGGUGAAUCUCCCGGGCUACGCGAAAUCGCAGUCGACCCGCAACGCCGGUGGCACCGGGCCGGGCGCGGCUGGUACAACUUCUGAUGCUAAGAAGAACGCCAUUCACCUGACCGCCGGGCCGAACAGCGUUCUCUACAAGCUUCCUGGGCAGCAAGCCGCGGAACAGGCCGCGAUGGCGCAGCCGGAGCCGAAGUACCUCGCGCCCGCCGGCCCUAUCGAACCUUUUCCCCUGCAGCCGCUGCCGAAACGACCCUUUCACGAGGGGCAUUUGGAGACUGCGGACGAGGACCAAAACGUUGUGCACACAAACGAAUAUCUUCGCGCCGGAGGGCAAACGCACCCGGGCCAGGCGACAAGGAUCACGAAGCUGGACCCGGGGCACGUGCAGAUGCACAGCACGAGCCCAACCCGGGAGUCGAACUUCCAACAGCAGCAAAUAAAAUUCAACCGGGACGAGUCCGCGGCGAUGCGAGCACAGCAGCAGGGGAGAAUGCAGCCCCGAGAGUCGCGUCCGAGCCCCACGAGUGAGGCGUUCGAGCGGCAUUACGGUAGCCGGCAGAAGCCGACCUACUCGAACAAGAUCGCGAAACCGGAGGGGGAGCGGAAUUUCGGGCGUGGUGGGCCAGGAAUCGCACCUCCUGUCGUCGAAGAGCAAUUUGAGGAGGGCGUUGACCUGCUCGACGAGCACUUUGGGCUCAACCACUUAGCCUACAUGGCCUUGCCAAAACCAGCUGAAGAGGACAUUGACCUUGUUCAGGAGCCGGAAGUCGACCCGACCACCGGCAUGGAAGUGAUGCGGACGAGGACGCCAGAGCAUUAUCUGAACAAGAAGGCGAAGCAGGAUGCGCAGAAGAGACGUGUUUCGAUAAAGGAAAUCGAGGAGAUCGCAGAACAAGAAACCGAUAACCGGCCCUUGGUCGAAAACGCGGACGAUUUGAUGCGCAGCAACCGCUCCGUCCCCAGUCAAACCUCUACCUCGAAACGCCCCUGGGAAACGCUGGACGUCGUCAUUCCCACGAUGCCGCCACCGCAACUCUUCAUCCCCGCGCGGCAACAGGGCCCCUCCGCGUACGCGUUUGGCACGACCCCGAUGAAGGCGGGCGGGCAGGCCUCCUACGGGGGCUACGCCACGCAAACAAACGACAUCUUCGAUGCGAACGGACAGCCGAUCAGCUUCUACGUGGGACCGCAGUCCGCGAUGAGCUCCGCGGCCAGCACCGCGACCGAGGUGAUGAUGCGCCCGAAGGUGAUGCAAACAGCGGACGAAAUGCGGGAGUUUUGGGGAUUUUCCGCGAACGCGCUGAGCCCACAGUUGCUCGGGCCGAACCGGGAUUUAGUUCACGGGACCUACGCGGGUCACCUCGGUUUGGAGGGCACGCAGUACCCGCCCCCGAAAACCGCGGCGUCGAGCAAGAUGAGCCAGAGCAUGGCGGGGGACGAUGAGGAGGUGAAAUCCUCAACUAGCGAACACCAAAUGCCCCACACGCAGUUCUUACUGGCCAUGCAGGAAGAGCUAGAAAAGCGGUAUGAGGAGCACCUGGGCGCGCAAAAGCAAAAAGCGGGCCUGCAUCGGGCGGAGGUGCCGGAGGAUGAUGAUGGAGGGAGCUGUGGCCUCGACGAGGGUUCAACCUCUGAUCCUGAUGCGUAUAAAAGUUGUGCUGAAGCUGAUGCUCUUGAGUACUACGCAGGAGCAGGAGCUACGGAAUACUUGGAGCUGUUCUACGACUCUAGUUGCGACGAAGAAGAGAUCAUGGAGGAGCGAGAGCCAGGGUUUGAUGAAAACUUCGACACACGACCACUAUCACGACCCUCUACUACUACCAGCUGCUUUUUCGACGGUGAGCACUCCGCGACCAACGACGACGAGCCCGGUGCUUCCUCUACUUCCGCCGCGGCCAAACCGGAAAACACUAACACGACGACCCCGUCCGGCCGGCAGCUGCCCCCUGGCCCGCUUACUGCGCCGAAGGACUUGGUCCAGCCCGCGUUUUACCUGACGCCGGACGCCCGGUUGGGGCAGCUUCCGUACAGUUCCAUCGACGGCCCGAUCCAGGAAGCCUUGCGGAAGCAGCACCACGUCCACGUCCACUCGGCUUCCUCCGCCUUCGGGUCCUUCCACGAAAGCGGACUUUACACCGACAGUGCUGGACAAAUGAUAAAUUCUGCGAGACAAAACUCCCGCGCCAGCGCGUUCGGAUUCCUGUCCCCGACGAGUGGAAGUCGCAGGCCAAAGCUGCACACCAACGCCGUCGCCGAAGCGCUCGCGUCUCCAGUUUCCGUUGCGGAGAAGCUCGGUUUGGCGCCCGUGCCGAAUCUGCUCGGCGGGUCGAUCGGAACCAACCCGUUGGCCAUUGACACGAGUAAGUACCGGAAGCCGGUGAUUCAGCUCGACCCGCUGGACCAGCAGAGGAAGGACAUGACCGAGUCCCGGUACCAGGUGGAGCUGAUGCUGCAGCAGCACGCGCGGGACUUAGCAAUGGUAACGCAGACGAACACGGAUUUGCGUUUGAACAACAUGAGCAGCCUGCAAAAAAUCACAACUUCUUCCCCUUUAACCGGAGCUAGGGCUCUCGCUGCAACGGGCAGCUUGACGUCACCCGUCGUCCCCGCGACCGCGAUGACGACGAAUUUGCUUUACAACAACACAAGAGUCGGCUCGACGUCGCGCGCGAAAGCCGCCGUGCAAUCGGGGUUGCCGCUCCCGCCGUCCGCAAUGCAGCAGGUGAUGGCCCGGCCGCUAUCGAACAGCAAUUUACACAACAAUUUCAACGCCGGGUCUUUAGUCACCAGCCCGAACCAGUUUCUUCGGAACACAACAAACAUGGUCCUCGGGAGUUCCGUGCAAGACCCAAAUGCGUCUCUGCUCGAAAGCGGAGUGCUGGAAGAGGCUGAUUUGGAGGCUUCUAUUGAGCACAAGUUCAAAGAGAAAACGGCCCGUCUCGAAUCCGCCGCCGCUGCGCAACUCGACCUGCAGUUGAACGCGAUCGAAUCACAGUUAGACGCGUUGCAAAAGCGGAUGGAGAAGCACAAGGAGCGGGGGCAGGAGGCCGGAAAGCAGGAGCAGCACGCGCGGGAGAAGUUGCACAGCUCGGAGAUUCUGUCCUCCAUCGGGUUGACCGCGACGGAAAUGAACAGCAACGUUCCCGCGGGGGCCGCGGACGAUUUGAGUAUUUUGUCCUCCGAAGAAGCGGUUGUAAACCGCGCGAAGAACGCCACUUCGAUGGUGAAUGCGAAGGAAAACGUCCGGCACAACCCGCUUUUUGCCCAUGUCUCCUCGAAUGCGGAAAAACAGGACGAGGCGCGGGAGCGGGAGAUCCGGCAGAAGUUGCACGCCUUGGAGGUGCGGAAGUCGGAAAGAGAUUUAGAGCAGCGCACGCGGCGGGAACAGAUGGUGGCGGAGUUGGCUCUCGUCCGGAAGCAGCGGCUCGAGCGCGAAAAACGGGCGGAGGUGCAGUUAGAGAAACUAGACGCGGAAGAGCAGCGGGAGGAGUUGGACAUGGUGAAUCUGGAAACCGAGGUUGAGUCCCAAAAGCAGCUCCGCGAAUCGCACGCGAAACGGUUGAAGAACAAAAAAGAGAUCGACUACACCGCCAGCGACUGGAAUUUCCUGCAGACCGUGAACCAAGCGAACGCGCGGGACCGAGAGCAUCUGCAGGUCGCGAAGCAGCGGAUGGCGGGAAGGAUAAAGCAGAUCCAGAAGCACCGCGAUUCCGUGCAAGCGGACAACAUGAAAAGAAAAAACGACGAGGACAAGCGCGAAGCGGAGAUCGAGGCGGCGCAGAAGCGGUUGCUGGAUGUGUACAAGUCCGUGGAGGCGGACGACGGCCGCGCGAGGGACAGUCUGAACACCGAACUCCAAAAGGUCGAGCAGAAACGCGAACUCCGCGAGGCCAAGCAGGCCGAAAUCGCCCGGUCCCAGCUCGUGGAAGAGUCUGAGAAGCUCGCGCUCGCCCGGGCCAAGCAGCUGGAGCUGAAAUUGGAAGAAGAAAAGUGGGGUCGCAUCCGUCAGGAACACGAAAAAGCCGCGAAGCUCGGCGAACGGGAACAGUUUGAGCUGGAGCAGAAGAAACUCAUGGUGCAUAUGCAUUGCAAAAGUAUCGUACUAGUAUAAAUUGCAUUAAUACAGAUUUUGGCAAGAAGAAAAAUGGAAUUUGUGAUGCUGUGUUACCUCAGGAGGAAGAUUUGUCAUGCGUAUUUGCAAUUAGUAGGAGUGCGAUACUUUUGCGCAGCAUAGUGCACGCGCAGUUGCAAAUCGUCAAGAACGGCGGGGUGGUUUUGCAAGACGAAGCGCUCCGCGGCUUCCUCGACGUGGCCGACGCGCCGCUGGAGCGCGCCGCGAAAAUGCGCGAGCUAAGACAGUUGGAAGAGGCGACGGAACAAAUUUUACGGGAAAAACAGGCGACCGGGGAUCUCCUGCAGGCGGAAGCGAAUCUUCUGCAAAAGAAGGUCGAGGACGCGCGGACGGAGAGACUGCAGCUAGAGAUGGACCGGGCAAACUUCGCGAAGGAGAAAGCGCAGUACGACUUGGCUCGCGUCGUUGGCUCCGGCCCCUUGACCGGGCUAUCCGGGAGUCCCGCGUCCGCACACAUGCUGCCCGAAAUGUCGCACUUGCAUUCGCAGUUACUAGAGGCCCAGAAGGUAAACGUCGAGCUCGAAAAGCGGCUGCGCAUGUGGGCGACGCCGUACCUCGGGAUAGGCACCCCGGGGUAUCAGUCCUUGACGAACUCCACAUCCGGAGCGAACAUGUACAAUUUGUACAACCGGACUGGGAUUCCUCUGUCAUCCUCUUUUGUCCAAGGUGGGGGUACUACUGCAGUCGGCGCGGUAGCUCCAGGUAGUAGUAAUACCCAACCUCCCGGCUCACCUCUGUUUUCCCUCGCUAACAACAGCAUUAACAGUCCGACUUUCAUGGCUGCGAACUUAGUUUGGGACAUGGACAAGUCUUCGGCCUCUUUGAUGCAAAAAGCGGUCCUUGCGGCGGAAAAAAUGCAGGAGCUCCAGAAGAAUCUAAAGCAGUUGGAGGAGGGCCAUACGGUGGAGGUCGCCAGACUCUGGUCCCGGAAGGAGGACGAAAUCAACGCGAUUGACCGCUCGUACCGGGAGAGGUUGCUAGAUAAGCCGCAAAGACGGGUGAUCUUUGACGCGGACGCGGGACGGAAGCUAGACCAAGUGGAAAGGCAUUUCGAGUCGGAGAAACUUAAACUCGACUUCGCGUUGCAAGCGAAGGUCGCGUCUCUGCGGAUCGAGCUCGCGAAGCAAAAGGCGGCGGGAAAGGGGUACGAAGCGACCGCGGAGUUUGCGAAGAAGGUGGAGGAGCUGCAGGGGAAGUUGAACGUGAGCACUUCCAAUUGCAACACAAAGAUCAAAAACUUCGAACUCGUGUUUCGCGAGCAGUGCCAGAAGAUCGAUGAGGAACUGACAAAACAGCUGGCCGACCAGCAAGCUGCGGCCGCGAGCAACAGCUCGCUGCAGACGACUAGUUCCAUGCUGGCGGUGUUGGAGGCGAACGCGGCGAACAAGAAGCGCGAGAUGGAGCACAUGCUGCUCGAGCAGAAGAGGCAGCUCGAGCAGGAGAUGCGCGAGUCGAACCGGGAGUUGCAGAAGGAUCUAGCCGAGCAGAAAGCCCAGGUGAACGCGCACCUCGCCGCGAUCCCGCACCUGGAGCGCAUCGCCAUCCUGGAAGCGCAGUCCGCCGCCGCGGCGGAAGAGUACAAGGCGCAGGUACAGAGGUUAACGCGGGAAGUAGAACUCGCGCACAAGCAAGUGAAAGAGGACGUAACACGAAAGAUCGAGCUGGAUCCCGCGCAGCGGUCUUUGUUGGAGGCGAUGGCGGCGCGGCAGGACGAGCAGCUGGAGCAGCGGCUGCAGCUGGAGAAGCAGAAACUGGACUUGAUUCUGGAAAGACGCACGUCCGAACUCCAGCACGAACUCCAGCAGCACCAGCACGCGACGGAGAUGCACAUGGCGAGCGCGCAGGCUGACGCGCAGAUUUCGCAGGUGCAAUUGAAGUUGGAGGCGGCGGAGCAGGACCACGGGAAGCGGGUGUUGGAGUUGGAAAAGGAUUUGAAAGAGGCCCACAAACUGCUGGAAGAAGAGUGUCGGAAAAGAACCGAGCAAGAGCCCCUAGAGCGGCAGAAGCUCCAACAGGAACUGGCGGACAAAAAAGCGCAAUUAGAUAGAGACCACGAGACGGAGAAGGCGAAGUUAGUUGUGAUGCACAUGUCGCUGAAAGCGGACAUGGCCGCGGAGAUCGCGAAGCACCGAGCGGUGGCGGAAAAGGAAAAGCACUUGUCGAUCGCGGCGCACUCCGACAAAAUCUCCGACUUGCAGAAACAACUGGAACUCGCGAAGCAGGAGCACGCGAAGCAGUUGGACAAGGUGUUCCGGGAGUCCAAGGACGAGCAGAAGAAAAUCGAGGAUGAGUACAAGAAAAAAAUCGCCUCCGAGCCGGCGAAACGGUUGCAACUAGAGCAAGAGAUGCAGCACAAACUCGAUCAUUUGCAACAGCAGGCCGACGUGGCGAAGAGCCAUUUGCAGGCCAGUCAAGAAGCCACCCAGGCCCAGUUGGAAGCGACGCUCGCGCGCGAGAAGCAGGAGCGGAACGAGAAAGAAGCCCAAGCGGAGCGCGCGGAGAUCGAAAGGAGCAGUAAGGAAAUGCUCAGCCUGAAGAUGCGCCACGCGGAGGAGGAGCAUAAAGCGGAGUGUUUGCAGUUAGAACGGGAAAUGGCCAUUGCGCAGCGGAAACUCGAGGAGGAGUACGGUCGCCACGCCGACGCCGAGGGGAAAAUGGAUGAGGAGUGGAAAAAGGAGAUGAAAAGACAGAAAGACAUCCUCGAACAGCACAUGGUCGCCGACAAGAAAAAGCUCGACGCGCGCCUGAAAGCGCAGCAGCAGAACCUGCAGACAGAAAACGCCCGCGAGCAGGCUUUGGCCAUCGCGAAAGAGAAAGAGCGGGCCGCGGAGCACGAGGAGCAAGUGCGGGAGGCCGCGUUUUCGGAGGCGAAGCAGGAGGCCCAGAAGGACUACCAAGCGAAACUGCAGAGACUCGCCGCGGAGAAGGCCGCCGCGUUUGCGAAGUUGGAGGAAGAGCAUAAGGCGAGAGUCGCUUCGGAGGGAAAUCUGAAACAGGAGCACAUCGACGAGAUGGCAAAGCAGAAAGCCAAGCUGGAUGCGGAGAUGGCGGAGCGCGAGGCGGAGCUGAAGAGGUCUCUGGACGUGAAGAACGCAAAAUUGGAGGAAACCCACACGAAGGAAAAGGCGGAAAUUGACGCCAGGAUUAUGGAUUGCAAAAAUGUCUGGGUCUGGAAACUUGUGAUGCUAAAAUGCGGAUGAUGGAAACAGUUCCGAAUGCUACACAGCAUGACAACUCUUCAGAACGCUUUGUCAUAGGAAAUCCGCAUGAGAACCUGCGUUCUUGCGUGUACAAAAGUGGCUGCGACUUUUGUUGGCUAUGCAAUACAGAUUUCCUAUGUAUGGAGAGCUAGCAUUACAAGUUGCACCCAGACAUUUUUGCGUUUGAUAAAGAUCCGGUCCGAGCAACUUCUUGUCGAAGCCGAAGUGCAAAAGCACGAGCAGGAGGAGGCCUUGCGACGCCUCGACGCAGAGCACGCCGCCGCCGAGGCGAAGGCGAAGCGCGAGCUGCAAGCGAAGAUGCACCAGAUGGAGGUCGAGUAUCAGAGCAAGAUUGCCACCGCCGACGCGUCGAAACAGGCGGAAUUGAAAGCGCAGCUGGAAAAACAGGAAAAGCAAAUGGAAAACGGCUUCAAGGAGCAACAGAUGCAGCUGAAGAAAAACCUCGACGGGGAGCGCCGGGCGAUGCAACGGGAGUACGCGCGUGCGAGGUCGGACGCGCAGGAGGCCGAGGCCGCGGAGGAGCAGUCGCACCAGGCAGAAGUGGAAAAAGCGCGGCUGGAAGCCCGGUUGACCGCGAUCCAGGCGGAAUACGAGGGUCAAAAGCAGAAGCUUCUCUCCGAGGCGAAGCGGGACAAGGAAAAGGCAAAUUCCGACUACGCCGCCCGGAUCAAUCUCGCCGUGACGCAGCAAGAGAAAGACAAACUGAAACUCGAGCUGGAUGAACGCCUGAAGCAAAUCGACGCGCGCACCCAGAUCGCGGUCCAGGGUCUGGACGACAAAAACCGAACCCAGCGAGAGGACCUGAUGCGAGAGUCCCACGCCCGGAUGGAAGCCACGAACGCGCGCGUUGCGGAAGAGGCGAAACGCCGGGCGGUGAAAGAGGCGCAGGAGGUGCUGGAGCAGCAGAAGAAAGAGGUGAAACAGAGCCACGAGUCCGAGAAAAAGCGGCUGAAAGACGAGGCGGAUCAGAAGCGGCAGCAAACCAUUGAGUUUUACAACAAAAAGAUGACGCAGGACGGCGUCGACCGUGCGAAGGCGGAGGAGGAACUCGCGAAGGAAUUAAAACGGCAGGAACAAGAGGCUGACGAGUUACUGCACAAGCAAGAACUCUUCUUCUCCGAUUCGCAGGCCAAAAUUCAGCAAGAGCAUUUGCAGGACCGCGCGCAGGCGGUCGAGCGGGCUGCGGCGGACGCAAGGAAAAAGGCGGAUGAGAAAGCGAGACUAGAGCUCGAUUCGAAAAUCCGGCAAGAGAAGGAGAAAUUUGACACUUUUUCCAAAGAAGCCGAACUGAGAAACGAAAAGGAAAAACAGCAGCUGCAAGCCGAGUACGCCGCAAAAAUCGAACAGGAGGCGCACAAACGGGAGGAGCACGAAAGGGAGUUGGAGAGGAAAAAACUGGAUUUAGAAAAAAGCAUAGCAUUAGAAAAACAGAAGGCCGAGGAGAAGAUGAAAUCCAACCAGAGGGGGUUAGAGCGCGAGCAAGCUCGGACGCAGGCGGCCUUGGCAGAGAAGGAAACCGCGGAGCGGCAUGUGCGAGACGUGGAGGCAUCCAAGCUCGCUUUAGAGGAGCAGAUGCGGGCCGCCCGGAGUCAGCACGGGAUCGAGGAAAAAAAGCUGUUGGAUGACGCGGAAAAGUCGCAGAAGGAAAUGGAACAGCAGUUCAAAAAGCGGCUCGCCGCCGGCCAGGCGAGUGAGGCGGAGCUGGAACGGGAAAAAAUCGCACUGCAAAGGCGUGUGAAAGAACAGCAGGAAGACAUGCGCGCGGAGCUUCGCAAGCAGCACGACGACAUGGAGGCGGAGCACAAAAAGGAGCUCGCGGAAAAGGAGCGGAAGGCGGCCGAUAUGAACUGCAAAUAUGUCUUGGUCUGGAAGGUUGUGAUGCUAAUGUCCGAAUCAUACGCAAACUGUAUUGCGGAGCCGCGCAUGACAAGUUUCUGAGCGACUAUAUCUAGCGUUAAUCGCAUGUCAAAUUGGAAUUGCCUUUUACUUUUUGCAUGACAAAUAAGUGGCACUGUUGUAGCGCAACGAGCAUGACAGACUCUUCUGUAUGGUCGACCGAGCAUGACAAACUUGCAUUCUUCCAGACCCAGACAUUUUUGCAAUCCAUAGCCGAGGAAGCGAAGCAAGUCGCCGCGAAGGAAGCGAAGCGCGCCCUGGACGAGCAGAUGCGGCGGGCGAACACCCAGCACCAGGAGGAGCUCGCGAAAAUCCAGGCCGAGGCUGAGCAGGCGAAACGCCUCGCCCAGGACGAGCACGAGCGCGCGAUGGCGUUUGCCGAGGCGAGUGGACAGGAUAAGACGCAGCUCGAAAAGCAGUGGCUUGAUCGGAAAAAGGACUUGGAGGAAAAACUGAAAGCCGAAAAAGACAGUCUUCACGCGCAGCUCGCCGACGAGAGAGCAAAACUGGAGUCCGAGCACGAAGCCGAUUUGAAAGCCCUCGACGCUGCGGAGCAGGCGCGCAAGCAGAUCGAGAGGGAAAAGGAGGAAAUGGAGCAGAACAUGCGCAAGGCGGCUAUUCAGCAUGAACAAGAGGAGAAGCGGCUGCACCAGGAGGCGGAGGAAGCGAAAAGGCAGAUUGAGGAGGAGGCGAAGAAGCGGGAGUUGGACAAGACCAAAACCGCGGAGCAGCACGCGACCGAACUGGCGCAGCAACGAAGGGAGCUCGAGCAGCGGCUCCAGCGGGAAAAAUCGGAACUCGCCGCGAAGGUGCGGGAAGAGCAAGACAAACUCCGGAAAGACCAGGAAAAACGGCAGGAGGAACGGACGCGUCAAUUGGAACAGGAGAAGCAAAGACUCAUGGAGCAAGCGGCCAACGCAAAGUCGAAACAGGCAGAGGAGAUUGAUAAACUCACGCAGAGGGUAAGUGAUCUGCAGCUGGACCUGAUGAGGGAACAGCAGUCGUUGGUCGAUAAAGAGGAGGAGUUCUCGCAAAAAUUGAAGCAGGAGCACGAGCAAAAAGAAAAAGACCUCGCGCGGCUGCAACAGGAUCUGCACGACAGCCACAGCUCGCAAAAAGCAAGUAUGGCCGCGGACCACGCAACGAACAUCUCCGAUUACGAUUUGAAAUUGGAACAACUGAAACAGCAAGCGCGCGACCGCGAGGCGGAGCUGGAGAAAAAGCUGGUCCUCGCGCAGGAGCAACAACGCGCGCUAGAACUCGCCACGAUCCGGAAGGUGGACGAGGCGAAGAAGUCGCAGGAGGAGGAUAUCAACUCCAAAAAUGUCUGGGUCUGGAAACUUGUAAUGCUGCGUUGGGAAUAGUGCAUGCUCUGUAAUGCAGAGGCAAGCAUGAGAAACAAAUGUCUGCGCUUCUUUGUGUUGCGUUUUUCGCAUGACGAACUGCGUUUUUGCAUGACAGGCAGAAGGGUCUCUCUCUCUUCUUGGACACGCAUCACAAACUUUUUGGUCAUGCCACACAAGCAUGACAAAUCUUGCAAUCUUCCAGUCCCAGACACUUUUGCAUUUGAUAGAGGAGAUGCGGAGGUUGUUCGCGGAAGAGCUACAGUCGGAAAAGCUUCGCAUGUCGCAAAACCUGGACUCUCGCGUCAGUCAGGUGAUGGCCGAGCACCAAGCGCAAAUUGAGAAGAUGCAGGCGGAAUUCGGAACCCGGAUGAAGGCCGAACAGGACACACACGCGGAAGAGCACGGGAAAUUGAAGGAAGAAGCGGAUGCUGCGCACAAGGAACUCGAAGACGAAUUCCGGGGGAAAAUCGAGGCCGAGAAGCACCGCCAGGCCGAGCACGAGGAGGAGUGGGCCAGGCAGCGCGCGCUGUUGGACGAACAGGUGGCGCACGAGCGGAACUUGCUUGAUGCGAAGUUGAAGGACAUGGAGAAGCAGCUGCAGAUGCAGAUCGAGGCGAACAACGCGCGAGAUAGGUUGCAGGAAAUCGAUGACCACACGAAGGACGGCAUCGACGCCGGCAUGCAAAAACUGACGGAGAAGCACGAGGAGGCAAUGCAGCAAGUGAUUACCCGGACCAACUUGAAGUUCGCGCAGCUGAAACAAACGCACGAAAAGCAGAUGAAGGAGAUGAAGCAAGAGCAAAUGCAGCACCUGAACGACCCGACCAUGAGCGCGCAGCUGGAGCUGAAAAAAAUGAAAUUGGAGGACACGCAGGAAGAGGAACGGAAAGGUUUGGAGCAGGACAAGGCAAAACAGCUCGCGGAGCUCCAGCAAAAGUUCCUCACCGACCAAGACAAGCUGCGCAAGGAGCACGAAGUUGCGGCGAGGCUGGCGCACCAGACCGCCGAGGAGCAUCGGACGGUGCAGGAAAAGGACGCGAACAGCAAACACCGGCAGGAGCAGGAAGAAUUGCUGAAAAAGUUCGAGGAGGAAAAAGCCCAGCUCGCCGCCGCGCACCAGGUAAAACUGGCAAAAACCACUUCCAAGGAGGACAAGCAAAAAAUCCAGCAGGCUUACGAAACCUCGGUCACUGAUUUGGAGCAAGUUCUCCGCGCCAACCAGGCGGACUUGGAACAGGCGUUGAUAGCGAAGAAGGAAAAACUGAAGAAAGACGUGCAAAAAGUGAAGAAGGCCGCCGCGUCCGCCGCGGUGCGGGCUCUGAUUCGCGUGAAACCCGCCCGGAAGGUGGACGUGAACGACGCCCCGGUCGCCAUGCGGACCACGUCCCAGGCGAACCAGGGGGCGGUCAAAGCGACCAUGGUGACUCCCGGCCGCGUAUCAACUGCAAAUCUGUCUGGGUCUGAAAGGUUGUAAAACUUGUGAUGCUGCCUGUGCAUUCUACAAAAAUCUGUAUUGCAUGAGCAGCAACAGGAGUCCAGUUUUUGCUACUUACGCGGACGGGGAACAAUUUCUCAUGCGGUAUAGGCAUGAGGAACUACCCCUCGCAAUAAAUAUGUGAUGCUAGAGCAUACAUCACAGACAUGAUGGGUCUUCCAAAAUCUGCAUGACAAACUCCUACACUCAUUCAGACCCAGACACUUUUGUAUUUGAUACCGCGCGCAGAAGGAACUGAUCACGAACCUGUUCGACGAGCAGAACCAAAGGCUGCGCGAGUUUGAGGCGCAGGAGCGGAACGAAUCCAAGCGGCUGCUGGAGGAGAUGUUCCGCGAACAGAACGAACGACUCCAGUUAUGCAUUGCAAAAUUAUCGUACUAGCAGAAAUCGCAUUACAAGUUUCGGCAAGAAGAAAAGUGGAAUUUGUCAUGCUGUUUUACCCACCGGAGGAAGACUUGUCAUGCAUAUUUGCAAUUAGAAUUACUACGAGUGCGAUACUUUUGCGCAGCAUAACAGUCCCACCUUGCGGAAACCACCGCCAUUCAGCAGCAGUCGGUCACGGAGCAGAAUCUGCAAGAGCUGCUGAACCAGCAGACGAGCGAGGCUUCGGACUUGCGGACGAAGCUUGAGCAGUUGCAGUCGGAAAAGGAAAAACUCGAGGACAAGCUAAAAUCCCGCGAACAGCUAUCCAAGAAAAAAACGUUGUUAGUGUAAAUUAAAAUUUGUGAUGCGCAACAUGCAAGAUGAUUGCGUCUGUCAUGCUUGGCAUGCAUCGUAGGGUCCAUUGAAGGGCGUUUUCGCGUAGUAUCUGCGCAUGACAGGUUUUUGCUGUCAUGCCAGACAAAUCUGUAAUGCUGUUCCUCCAAAAAAGUAGUUAGAGUUGCGCCUACAAUGUUUUUUUCUUGGAUAACAGCUCACGAAGAUGAAGGCUCUGGAGCUCGAAGACCAGCUGAAACUGUUCGAGAACAAACUCCAGCUCGAAAAGCAGGCCCGCGCCGCGGAGGGACAGCAACGCGCGCAACUACUUGCGGACAAGGACCGGGCCUUCGAGAGCCUCCUCGCGGAGCACACGGAGCUGAAAACCUCGAAAGAAGCCGCGGACGCCCGGCGCGCCAACGAGGACGACGCGCUGCGCGCGGAGACGCAGGCGCAGCUGGAGGAGCGGCUGCGGGAGGAGGAAAACCAGAAGUUCCAGGAGUUGAUGGCAAAUCAGGAGAACAUGACAGCUAUCAACUGCAAAAAUGUCUGGGUGUGGAAACUUGUGAUGCUGAAAUGUGCAUAUACUGAAAGACUUCCCAAUGCAGCCAAGCAUGACAAGUUUUCCGGACACUUUUUCAUGCGCAGUUCGCAUGAGAAACUGCCCUUUUGUAUGACAGAAGGAGGUGUCGUUUUGUUAGUCAUGCAAUACAGAUUUUACAGGAAUGUAGGACUAGCAUCACAAGGUCAAUGUUUCCAGACCCAGACAUAUUUGCAAUGCAUAACUGCCGAGGAAUUGGAAAAGUUCGCUUUGGAGAUGUCGGAGCGCGAAAACGCACACUUAUCCCGCGCCGAACAGCUGGAGAAAGCGCACGAGAAAGCCCAGCAACUGAUGCAGCAGCAGCGCGACUACCAGCGGAAAGCCCGCGAACGACUCCUCGCGCAAUCCGCGAACCUCGCCGGCAUGUUUGCGGCCGGGGACGACGACGACGCGACCGCGGAGGAGCGUCGGAUGAUGCAGGCGACGCUCGCCCAGCGCAUGAUGGAAGCCAUGCGGACCAUGCAGGAACAGAUGCUGGACCUGCAAGAGGAGCACGACGACGAGAUCGCGCGGCAGAACCAAGCGCUGGAGGUGCUCCGCUCCACGCUGGAGGAGGACCGGCAGAAAUUCGAAGAAAAACAACUGGAGAUGGACGCGGAACACGAAAGAACCCGCGACCAGCUGAACGCGAUCGCGGCGGAGCGGGACCUGGCGGAGAAGCGGUUAUUGAGAGGAAAAAUCCCCCCUCCCCAUAUCGAAAAGGUAUGCUUCCGAAAAUUUGUGGUGCAGAUUUGUGACCACAAAUCCUGUCUGUCUUGCGAGAAGGCAAAUCCAGGCUCUCUGCCACUCUCUGCAGGCGAUUUGUAAUGCUGUAAGGACUAUAGGACAGCCGUCUACCAUGCUAGGCGCCUACACCAAAAGGCCCCUAACUAGGCUGGCGAUCUGCGUGCAGUCCUCUACUGCAAGACAAAUCUGAUUUGUCAUUUGUGUACGCUCUUGGCGGUCGGCUGUCUCCGGGUGUCCUUCCCAAGCUGUGGCUCGCGGCGUGGUGCGUUUGCCGGUGCCGACCCUUUUCUACGGAACGCUGUGGUGUCCUACUCUUCUGGCGGUCCUUCAAGAGCCCUUUCGCCUUCAUCCCAGUGCUGUCGUUGACAGACCUUGGGCUGAUAAUCCCGUUGCAGGAGGUUCGGUCCUUGGCGCGUCUUCGCCACCGGCAGGAGUCAGGAUGGGUAGAUGGGUCUCCUCGUUGUUGCUUGAGCUUGCUCAGGUCUUCGCUGCUUUCGGUGGCUGGUGGCCGCUCUUGGGUUUCAGGUGUGGGUCGGAGUUCGUUUGCCUCUCGUCAGUUUGGACGGAGUGCUCUCGUUCAGCCACCCCCCGGCGGUCGACUGUCGGCGAUCUGGCCCCCCCAGCUCAUGAUUGCAGUGUUGGCUGGUGAUGACGAGGUUGCGGACAGUUGACUUGUCAUCUGUCUGGUUCGCCCAUUUUGCUGCCACGACUGUUUGGUCCCCGGUCCCCUGAGGCGGGGGGAUACGGGUUACCUGGUCGGGAUGUCGCGCGGAAGGUGUCUCUCACGUCCCUAGCUCUUCGUACUCGCCGCUGAGUACAGUCGAGCGCCUUGGUUGAUCGCCACACUGUUUCAUAGUGCUGAAACGACCCGGCUUUCACUAGGGGGAGCAUUCGUACACUUUGUGCCCUCCGGGACUAUGCCUCUGCUUCCGUCUAAACUGAGGGGUCCACUUAUCCCUCUCGGUAUUCGGUCGCAGGGAAGGGUUGCCGGGGUCUCCCUCGCAUCGGUUCUCGAUGUCGGGUGUGAGUUUGUGACUGCGGGGGCAGUGGUUGGCUUAGGUUUGCGGAGUACAUCUGAAAAGAGGCUCCCAUUCCUUCUUCCAGGUAGCGAUCCUAGAUCGCCGCCACGCGGAGCCACCCCCGUAUUUCACCCCCAGGGGGUUGUGGACCUGGCAAAACCGAUGAGUUCGGGCUGCUGACUGUUCCACUUCUUCCGAGCGCGAUCAUGCUACGCCUCACGCCUCACGCCUCACGCAAAUCCAGCAUCACAGAUUUCCUUUGCGAGAUGGGGAGGGGGGAUUUUUCCUUUUGAUAGCGGUCCCAGGAGCUCCAGGAGUUCGUCUACUUUGGGUCCGACCAACCCGCGGAGUUUGGGCCGCCGGCCGCGGCCAUGGCCUCGCAGCAAACCGUGAUCGCGCAACCGAUAAUUGGCGCGAUGCUGGCGGAGGAGGAGAAUGUUGGGGAGUACAAGGCGUAUUUAGAUUCCGAGAAAGAGCGGCUGGAACAGGAGAAGCGGGAGCACGAGUUGGAACGCCAGCGGUACGACGAAAAGGUGUUUCAAGACCGCGUCAAGUUCGCGGAGACGGCCGAGCAGAUGGAGCGGGAGCGGAAAGACCACAACGACCGCAUGCAGGAGGAAAAAAACCGGAUCUCAAACGACUACCAGACCCUGCAGCAGCAGAUGGCGAUCUACGGCAGCUCCCUGAACGAAAAGCUGAAAGAGGUCGCGAAGCAGGGAACCACCAUCACCGACCCCAACACGGGCGAGAAGUUCACGUUGGAACACGUCGAGGAGAUCAAGCGCGAGCAGCAGAUCCUCCGGCAAGCGCGCCUAGAAGACCAAAUGCGAUUGGAGGAGCUGAAGAACCAGCGGGAUGAGGCUUUUGAAAAGCAUUUGUCUGAGAAAGACGCGCACCGAGAAAUCAUCGCGCAGCUGGCGCAGGAACGCGACGCGCUGGAGGACCAGCUAAACAGCACAAAACUGGAGCUGGAAAGCCAAGCCCGAGCUGCAAAAGACCCGGACGCCGGGAAAUCCUUGUUUGGGGGUAUGUCUCUGCCCACGACCGGUGGCGUUUCCGUGUCGUUGCCAGGAGCAGGAAAUAUGCCCUCCAUCGAUGUAAGCAACCCGUUUGGGAGUGCUGGUGGGGCGGCGGGUGAUGCAGCUUCUACUACUGCAGCGAACAAUAAACCUGCCGAAGAGGACAAGGACUACGCGAUCAUAUUGAAACACACACGGGAAACGAAGCAGCGCGCCGUCGCCCGCUUAGAUGCGUACAACGCGAAAGUAGCGGAGCUGAAGAAGAACGAAGCGAAAAUGUCCGAAAGCGAAAAGCAGAAGGCUCGGAAGGACUUAGAAAAGAUGGCGAAGGACGACGAGGCCAAGUCGCGGGAGGAGCUCGACGCACUGUUGAAGGAACGGCGGGUGAUCGAACUCCGCAAGGCCGCGGCCGACCGCCGGACCACCGGCCAGGCCGACGUCGCGACCGCGAAAAGCAGCAAGGAGCAAAUCGCGGCGCAAAACAAGCUGUCCGAGGUGGAAAUGCGGAAGCGAGCCUUGCUGGAGGAUCACUUUCACGACCACGGCGCGACCGCGGUGAACAGCAACUUGGCCGCGGAGUACGCGAACUUGCACCGCAAGUCGCAGAAACUCGCCACGAAGGCCCGGCCGGGGGGCUCGUCCGCGGCCACGAAGCCGCUCUACUACCAGGAGCGAGAGUUGCUCAGCGCGCGGAUCAUUAGCAACAAACUGGACCAGAUUGCUAAGGGGGAAAGUGUGUUGUCGCGGAAUAACUAUUUCGACUUUUCUUCGCCGAAUAUUGGGGUCGUGAGGAACAACCAUGGUGCCGUGCUGUCGAGCGGAGCAGGCAUCUUCGGUCCAGAGGAAAUACCAGGGUCGUUUGCGCAGCAUCAAAAUAUCAACUACAUGACCGCUCGAACAGCUGGACAAGAAGAUGAAGAUGAAGAAGAACCUCCAGUAGAGCAGCCACCGCCCCUGCCGCAGCCAACUCUGUUCGGACUCAUGAUGCGCCAAGAGGCGCAGCGGCAACGCUCCAUGUCACCGAACAGAAUGUAGUGAAACUGAUGGGUACAUCGUCAUCCUCAUCGUUUUUGUUUGAUUUUUCUUUUUGUGCCAUAUAAUCUUACUCCGUAAUCGUAACCCGACCCGAGACGAAGUUGAAGUUGUUCCAUAGUAAAGCCUACCCGCAAAGAAUAAAUAAAUAAGUAACCCAACCCACCGACUACGAUGAAGCCCAUCUUCGUGGUCGUCGCUUUUCUUCAUCGUGCAUCAUACAUCAUACUUCAAUUUAUUUUUCAUUUUUCGGAUUAUAGCAAGAGCAGUAGAACAAGAACAGCAGCUCGCUUGCGUAGUUUGAGUUUCAUAGCAGAGUAGUUUCAAGUAGAACAUGAUUUUAUUAUAAAGCACAAAAGUAGCAAGACAAAUUUUUUUUUAACAAUGUGACAGAUGAUCAUCGCCAUCAUGCAGUAGUAAUAAAUCCAGUACACGUAUUAUUCAUUGCCAGAUUUCCUCGUUUCUGAUUCGUGAUGGUAUUCGCUCGCUUAUUUAAACAUUUUUUGCAAAAAAGUAAGACGUAUUCGUUUUCAUUGACAUUGAAAUUUGAUCCAGUUCCUCGAGAUUUAUUGCGUACAUAGCACGUAUUUGACUUGACUUUAAUAUUUUAUCAACAUGAGCUCUAACUUUUCUCGUUUUGCAUACGAUUUCAUAUUCAUAUUACUUUCUCGCUUGUCAUAGACUCAGACCACUAUAUGUGACCAAUAUCAAACACAAUAAACUCAAAUCAUGUACACAUCUCAGGCAGCAUUGGGAUAACCUCCCUGCAUGCCCACGACAAAACACGCAGCAAUGCUGGAUCGAAGUCAAAUCCGACAAGAACACGACGCUGAAGU